CCGACACAACUAAACCGCCUGCGAACAGAGCGACAACCACAGCUAUCAGCAGUUAAAGAGAAAGGUAGAGAGUAGAAAGUUUGAUAGGUAGACAGACAGACAGACAGAUAGAUAGAUAGAGUGGAUGCAUCUUUAGUGUUGCCUAUGGCAAAGAUACGAGACAUUCGCCUAUCGGCGCUGCUGCUGUUAUGUAUGUUGGGCGCUGCCGCCGCUGACGAUUUCACCGUGUCCGCACCCACGACGCUCUCCCGCCUGCUCAUCACCACGCUACGAUGUACCACUACAGAGACACGAACGUACUUGUACAGCUCCGACAACCGACUAUGGGGCCCUACCGGUCAGCGUUUCCGGACCACAGCCGAGCUACAUGUUUACUGUAUCGGAGCCGCGGGAGGUCGGCAUGGAAACAACGCGCUGCUGUUCGGCGCCACCGUCAACCACAUCACCGAGGAGCCGAUUGAUGAGCCGAGGCGCAGGACAGAGUUCAACAGCGGGGAGCUGGACGCCUUCGACGCCGAGAAGGACGACGCGCUCAGCAAGCUCGCCUCUGGACGGUUCAGCUCGCCAUUCGUAUCGGCGAGAAGGAAGAGACAGAUCGACCCCAGCGACCCCUACCCGGUCGACGAACAAUUCCAGGAUCCAUGGAAGUUCGUGCAGGGAAACGACGGCACGAUCCUCGAAGUUCGCUUCAUGUCUUCCGACACUGACGAGGAGGCUCGCAACUUCAAGCGAGCUCUGACGUCAGCCUUCCAGAGUCAGUUCAACCCACAGGCCAGUCAGAAGGAGACGACCGACAUCACCGGCAAGCACUUUGCAACUUUCAGCUUCUCGACCCCUACAAGUUCGACGUCCGUUGUUAGCAAGACCUACAGCAACAGCGACUUCACACAGUUCGCAGCGCCAUCUGCCGCACACGACAAAGACUCUGUCGACAUCAACGGAGCGGAGAGCGAGACGUUUAGCGACGGUGUCCUGUUUCAAUCGAGUAAGCAUUCAAUUUACGGGCCACCACUUUACUACACUACACGCCACACGCGUGCGUGUGUGCGCUGCGGGCGCGCGUGUGUGUACGUGUGUGUGUGCGCGCGUAUGCCUCAUUAUCAAUGAACAUCGUACGCAAUC